AGUAUAUGUGAUGUAAAAAAGUUUUCCAGGAAGAACAUGCCGAAAGACAAGCAAAUGUUUUUAAUGGAUGGGUUUGAAGUCUUCUGUAGUAAUAUUCAGUCAUACAGGGUAUGAAAAGCUAAUGUUUGAGCUCUGCUGUGUAGUUAAUUUUGAAGUAAUUACACACAGGAUAACAAUUUGGGUUUCACCCCUUAAACUUGUGUUGAAAAUCUCGUGAGUUUCCAACGUGCUUUGAAUGCUAGUAACAUUAAAGUCAAGAGCAGCUUUUAGCACUGUACAUACAUGAAGUAGAUGAUUGGCACAUAUCAUAACUAUUUUGAUAGUUUGUUUAAUGCAGAGAUUAAUAGGAAUAAUCUGACCAAUAGGACUGUGAAUUGUAAAUUAUUUAAACAUAUGAGUCUUUUACUGUGCUGAGUGAGAAUGUCAAGAAUUGUUUGUUUUGUACAUGUUUAAGACCAAAGUCAAAGACUAUGUGAUUAAGAAACAGUAGUAAUAGUUGUAGUUCAUAUCAGUUCGUAAAUCAGGAAGUCCGCCUUCUGAUAUUCCUUACAUCUACAGUCAACUCUCGCCUUGCGGACACCCUGUUAUAACAGACACCUUGAUUAUACGGACAGCAGCUAAAUAUAAACUACAGACGUUUGACUGAAAUAAACUCUCGCUAUUACGGACUCUCGCAAAUGAGGACACUAACUCGAGGUCCUAACACUGUGGGAGUUGACUGUAUUUAGAAUACGGCAGAGAUCGUCUAAAAGCUCAUCAGAGCUUGCUUGGUCUCCUUCCUUGUAAUAAUGUAAUAGGUUAUGUUUAUGAAUGUAUGGUAAAUAAAGGCACUUCUUCUUUUUCAUUUCAGUUCUGUUUAGGUCUUCAGAGUACUAGUGAUGCUGAAACUGUAAUAAAAACUAUUCAUCUUCAUUCCAAAAAAGUAAGCCACAUAAUUUACAGAGCAGGUUAUCAUUAAUGAUGUGCGAAAAAAUAUAUUGGUUGAAUAGUGAAUUAGUUUGGAACCUCGUCACCAUCAUCAUCAUCAUCAUCAUCAUCAUCAUCGUCAUUGUCUCUGUCGUCAUUGCCGUUGUUGCUGUCGUCAUCAUCAUCUUUAUCGUUGUCGUCAUCAUCAUCAUCAUCAUCAUCAUCAUCAUUGUUGUCGUUGUGGUUGUCUUCGUUAUCAUCAUCAUCAUCAUCGUCAUCAUACUUUGUGUUGUGUGAACAUUUUAUCUGUCUUCUGUUUCAAGGCCAUCUCACCUGUCAGAAUUAAAUAUUUACCUGUAACAGGGCCCCUCUCAUAAGUUGCACGAGAUGCUACAACCCUCCAGAAGUUGAAUCUGGAGGUGACAUGUACACUGUGCAUAAAAUGUAACUCAUGGUUCCUGAAUUUAUCUGGUUGUUUUUGCAGGGGUUUCCUAAGUUAUUUUCGUUUAUUCACAAGACUGCUAUUCUGCUGCCUAAGUCAUGCGAUAUUUUAGACAGGAGAGAUGCUCCUAACUUCUACGAUUUUAAAUGUAAGUAAAAUGGUCAGGCAAGGAGUUCUUGUUACAGAGUAUCUGAACAGGUAGUUUUGAAAUGACCAAAAUGUCAGAGAAAAUUGAACUAUUCAAAAAGUGAAGUGCUGAUCAAACUCAUACAAUUAUUGCUUAUGAAAAGUAUUGUUGUCACACGUUGUAAUACUUUGCAGUAUCUGUUCAAGAUCUCUUUACUUAAUAAGGUUUUUGUGAACAUCCUAAUUAGUGCACCCAGUAACUUCUUUUUAUGGGUUAGGGGUCAUGUAACACCAAGAAUGAAAGACUGAUACAAAGCUUGAUUGAAAGCCCGCUUCAUUUCCUUUCAUGCACUACAGUUUCAUGUGUGAAUUAAAAUAAAUAGUGUUACAAAGGUUAUGGCAGAGUUGCCUUUCAUCAUAAAUAAGUUAAUAUUGUGCUUGAUCCUUUGUAGCGGAAUGUGACAGAUUAAAGCUGUUUCACACAGAUAACUGGAGGAUAUCUGGUAAGUGUUCUUUUUUUAUUCUCAAUGAACUAAAAGUUAGCUGUACUCUUUGUUAGGAGGUAUUUUAGUCUGUAUUGAGUGGAUAUUGCUGUUGUACUCAAUAUCAGAUGGGUUCUUUUCAUCUAACUUUCAAAAUCUUCAUCACCUCAGAGUAUCUGCCUUAUAAGCUUUCAAGAAGCUUUCUCUUCACAGCCUGGUCUGAGUUUGUUGAAUGUGUCAUGUUGAUUUAUACCUGCACUGUAGUUGUUCAAAAGGUGGAUUAAUGCUAUCCACUGGUUAAAUCUACUAUCCACUGGGUAAUGCAGUUGGUUUUCUAAAUACUUAUUCAGCGGUUAGUGAUUUAUCCAGUGCAUAUUGCUAUCCAGUUUUUGAACUACUGAGCCCAGUUCUUCGAAGGCCGAUUAGUGCUAACCCUGGGUUAAAUUUUAACCUGGGUUUCUUUUUCUUUUGUUUAAAAGCAUUUUCCUGGAUAAUUUUCUUUUUUCUUUUUAGAGCAUCCAAUCAUCAAAUUGUAGACAAAAAGAAUAAAACUGAAUUUGCUUUUUAAGCUUUCAUAUCUGAAUUCAAAUUUCGCACUAACCCUGGGUUAUCUUAACCCUGCUUUGAACAACAGGCCCUGGCUAGUACAAUAAAUUUGUAAAUGUUAUUGUGUUCUUUUAGGAGAGAAUCAUCCAUUGCAAUACCCUGUGAAGACAGUUAUCCCUUUAUCGGUGACAAAUGAGGAACUUACUGAGGUGGCCAAGUAUCACAGGUAAAAUCUUAAUUAUAUCCUGAUCGAGCUGCAUGUCAUAAGACCAGAGAAGUAAGGGUCAAUAUGGAAAUAUGAUUGUGUGCUUUUCUGGAUUUUUUCAUCUUCAGAGAGGGCUGUUUUCCGGCUGUAUGUUGGAGACACCAGGAAAGUGGUGCAGUUUUAUUAAGAUCUUCAGCCGCUCAAUUUAGAAGGUAUGUGAAAUAUUUAUUAUUAUUAUUACUAUUAUUAUUGUUAUUAUUGUCCUAUUUAACAAGUGCAGUCAAAACGUGUUAUUAUACGUUUAAACCGGUCUAUGAUUUCGUCUAAAAAUCAUAUCUCGGCUGAAAAACCAUACCGCGGUGGCAAAUACCUAUAAAGCCUGGAACUUAACAGUUUCAAGUUACAUGUUGAUGUUAGUGCAAGUACUAGUUAGGUUCUUUUACUUCAAAUAAACAUUAACUUGCCUUUUUUAUAUGGGGGAGUAUCUCCCCACCCUGGACUGCCUUGAUUUCGCCAUAAAUAUGUUAUCCCAAUAAGCUCAUCCCGGGUUUCCGAGGGUAAAUGAGCAUAAGAGAGGAGACGGUUUACGUUAAAGUCGCCCGACGUUACGUCGCCUGAAAUAUUUUAGUCAAGUCCCCCGAAAUGCUGAGUUAUGUGGCUCGAAAUUGUGUCAUGCUCAACAACGUUGUUGCAUCCUUACUACCAUUUACCACGCUUGUUUCGUCUCAUCGAAGAAUAAUAUAUAAUUUAAAUUUUAUUACACAUUAUAUACCGCUUGUUUCGUCUCAUUGCUUAAAGAACGAGGCAUGUUACACAUUCAUUCCUCUUGUUUCGUCUCAUGAUGGUUUAAAGAGCGAGACAUAUUUAAAAACAGACACUCUUUAUUUAACGCAAAUUAACUCGGACUCUGCAUUUUGGGCGACUUAACUCGGAUUUUUGGUGACAUAACUUCGGGCCAGAUGACUUUUGGGCGACUUGACCGGUUACCGAGCAGACCCUGGUAUUAUUGGGUUCUUACUGUAACUAUGAGGACACAUUUUGGGGUGUAUCGGGUCGUUUCGCCCGAUGGCAGUUCGGCCAGACUAAGUCGAUUCGCCCUUUGUGUAUUUGUCGUUCUUUAAGCCUGAGAAAAAGGACUAAUCAUGGAAAGACAUUGACUGCACAUGUGGAAUCAAAGGUUAACUAAAAAAACAUCUCGGAGAACUAGGUUCACCAUGUUGUAGAGUGUUGUAUGUCAUCGGGCGAAUCGACUUAAGUCCUAGCGAACGCCUUCGGGCGAAUUGACUUUCGGGCGAAACGACCGCAAUUCAUUUAUGGUCCUGGCAGCGUUGUAACUGUACAAUGAACGGUCAUUUUCCCUUUAUGUUACACAGAGGGUUAAGAGACUCAAGAUGCCAGGCUGAUGAAAAGUACCUUAUAGCUGUCAGUUCAUGUAGUGAGGCCGCCACCAACAAGCUGGUGGUUUUUACAGAGCAGUAUGUUUUUUUCGGCAGUUUUUAUUUAUUCUGAAACUUAUUCAUAUCAUCAGGGCUUCAUAAUAUUGUUUACUGCAUGAAUUUACAUAAUCGAAUGUGAUGGACCGGAGACCUCUCUAAUCAACUUAAUUCUCAUACUUUAUCUCCAAAGCUUCCUUUUCAAAAGGAUGGUAGGACAGGUGAAUAUCUGAUGAGGUGAUAUUCAGUAAAGAAAUAUAAAAAAGUGUCAAAUGUUUUUAGAAAAACACAAACGUUUAAGGUUUAUGACCCUUCUUCAGUGAGAGAAAAACCGUUGCCAGGUGAACAUGUCUCGGUUCAGAUGAUGGUCCGUGACAAGCCUUUUGUCUUUUCGCCUUCAUCCUUCUAUUAUAAGGAAACGCAAAAGAACCAUGGAACACCAUUGUUGGCAAAUAGCGGGGAAAGCUCUCGGGAGGUUUGAUGUGCCCCCUACCUCUGUUAUACAGCUGCAUCACCUCACGUCAUAUGUAUUAGGCUGAUUUAGCAACAGCAUGGGAACGUCAUUUGACGUCAGGAAAGCGGGCGGAAAGGACUAAACUCGACUUCCGGUGCCCAAUUUGACGCUCAGCCAUUGGUCAAGUGAGUUGUUUGAUUUGCGCGCGCCGUCGUCAACUGUCGUUUCCGUUCUGUUGCUAAAUCAGCCUAUUAUACGUGGGGUGAGUGACAGUAAGGUCGUAAGUAGACCCAUAGCGGUAGUAAAGAGGACACGGUGCACUGUUGUCCUCUAAUCUUUUACGAGAUACAGUUCAAUUACAAUUAACUAUAGCUUUUCGUUUGCUUUCUCAGAGUUCGGCAGUUUGGGGGUGGUUUACUUAACUCUUCUCAGACACAGAUGACGGGACAGCUUACUCCAGAAGAAGGCGAAAGUGAGUAAAUACUGGAACUGGACUGGACUGGACUGUACUGGAAACUUGUAUGCUCUACCAUAUUUGAUAUACUUACUGAUAUACUUACUGAAAGCUGUGAUUGCUCCUUGCCUAUAAUCUAUUUGAGUACAGAGGCCUUCUUUGGUGGGAGGGGGUAUGUAUGUCCUCAUCCUGAAUUUUAAAACUUUCGUUUCGCGGCGUAUUGAAGAGGAAACCUUGUCCCUGUUGAUAUUUUACUAUUGUAUCUGCGCAAGAUCUGCGAUUGUCCUUGUUAGUGACGCCUCAUGUCGUUUGUCGUCAUUUCAGCCGUCUUUGGUCACUGUCUCAAGGCCCGAAUGUCGCUUGUCGAAUUUUACCCAAUCAGGGCCUCAGAACAGACACACGGAUGACGUCACGGGAAAAUUGUGUUGUUUGUUUUGAGCAAUAUGGCGCACAGUUUUGUGCAUAUUUGUACAUUUUUCGUGAUUAUUACAAACUGAACAAGUGAAGGCCUCCAAAAGAUUAAGCAGGAGUUGUUGAUAAGUAAGAGAAAGAAAAAAAAACCGACAUCAUAGCAUUCAUGGUGACUUGAAAAGUGCCCUCUGUACUUACUAUUUUUCACAGCAUUUUCAAAGUUUAACAUUUACCGUGAAUAUUAUUCUUGCAGCCUUCUUUUAUCCGAAUACCAAAUUCAUAUACGCUGAUGCUUUACCUGAUUUUAAAGCAGUCAAACAGAGUGCGUACAAGCUACAAGCGGUGUUUGCAAAUAGAGGGUAGGUAUUUUGUCAUUAGAACAACAAUUCGUCACUUUUGAAUCGAGAUGGAAAGUGGGACGAGUAAACUUUCGCAAAGACUUCUGGGAUUGUUAAUAAGACAGGGAAAAAAAUUGGCCAAUAGGUGACAAGCACGUUCCCGGUAACGAUCCCGCAAACAAUAGCGGGACACAUUUCGGCUCCAGUUUUUCGCCUCUGAAGGGGCGAGUGUUAUUUGGUUCAUCCUCUGUUGUUUUGGCUGAAUACUAAAAAUAUGCACCAUACUCAAGUUGUUACCGAAUUAUCAUUCGUCUUGAUGGUGUGGUUUCUGCUAGUCUUGUGAUUUAAAGAACCUACUAAUGAGCAACGUCCUGGUAAAGUAGCCGAAUCAAAAAGCGUUAAGAUUUUGUUAGGAGCGCCGCGUUGCUUUUUUGGGCACAUACGUCGAGUAUUUUAAAUGAGGUGGCCACUUGCCAGGGUAAACGGCAAUUAGGUUGGGAUUGUGCAGUUGUACCAACACCCCCUCCUCCACAGGUUCAAUAUAACCUUGAUUAAAGAAGACUCAGUGAUUGACACGGAGCUCGACUUUCAUUUCUUAUUACAGUGAUGAUAGUAAAUGGCAUUCCUCUUUGGAUGACGCUGAUUGGCUGAGUCAAAUCAGUGAACUUCUCCAAACUGCCACUCAAAUUUCAGUUGCCAUGGAGUGUGACAAAUCGUCUGUAUUAAUCAGUUACGAAGAUGGUAUUGACAGAACGGCUCAGGUGCGUUGACAACAGCCAUUACUUUUCCUCUCUGAUUCUUUGGGAGUAUAUAUGUUGUGGUUCAAUUCAUUAUCAUAGAUUACCAUACUGUAUGGAAAACUAUAUAUUGUCUGAAAAGGGACAGUGAAAUCUGGCUAUUAAUUGGAUGCUUUAUAUGAUUACUGUUUGACGCCACCUACGACACACGAUUUUAAGCGCGAUUUUAAAAACCACGCUUGUAAACUAGCGCCUUUUAUUGGCGAUUUUUCGCCACGAAAUCGUCGUUGUUUCUAGUCUGUGUAAAGGACCCCCCUCCCCUCUCCGUUUUUUCCUGAGGGGAGGGGGUCUGUACAUAGGCUACGUUGUUUCCAACUGUGUCGAAUUGUGAUACCAUUUAUCGGCGAGCUACUGCGAGUUCUUUGCGGAAAAGUUCUUAAAGCAGAGUUGCGCAAAGGUUAUCACUACAGAAAGAUAGGAAAAAUAGCCAUGAAUUUGCAUCAUUUGGGUUUCGUGCUACACCUUGAGUAGCUUUUGAGCAGGGUCCCCUAUCGUCGUUCCCGUAAGCACACGCUGUCUCGCCCUCUCUUCGCCCUGUCCCCCUUCAAGAACCCAGUCCACAGGCUACGCCUUUUGGCACUCACGAGGUUCAUUCUUUGCUUACUAGGUGGCCAGUUUAGCGCAACUGUUGCUGGAUCCAUAUUACAGAACUGUGAGCGGAUUCCAGGUAAAUUAGGGGUGGGAAAGGGCUUACUUUUUCUGUUUCUGUUUACACGAGAUGGUAGUAUGCCGCUGAAGUUAGAAAAAGGUAGAAUUGUCUCAUCAGUUUUGUCCGAGUUUGUAGCAUAAGAUUAAUAUCUGUACAUGUCGAACUAUAUCUUUGUAGGUUUUGAUUCAAAAAGAGUGGUUGUCGUUUGGUCACAAAUUUCACGACCGCACCCUAUACCCUCAGCCGCCAGAGGAACACAGCCCUGUUUUUCUACAGUGGUUAGACUGUGUUUGGCAGGUAAGGUGAUAGUGUCUACAAACCGUAGCCUGAGAAAAAAGGCCGACAUUUCGCGACGCUACCACUGGUUUUCCCGCGAAAUGACGUCUGAGAAACGAGCGCAGAAAUUCCAUUCUGAUGACGUGUCUCUAUCAAGAUUUGGGUAGUGUUUCUGAUUGGUUGAAGCAAAUUUCCCUCGCGGCUCGACCAAUCACGAUCCGUCACUUUCCGUUGUCAGGCUCGUAGGUUAGGGUUAAAAAAUUACAGUAGUUUCACUUACUACCUGUACUCAAGAAAAAGUAACAGCAGUUUUUGACAGAGACGGUGAGAGAUUAAGAUGGUCUUAUUAUAAUACGUUAGUUCGGUUUCUCUGGUCAGUCUGGUGAAAGUUUGCUCGAGAUAACGAGGAUAAAUUGGGUGUUUCUCGGCCUUGCGGAUACUAUUGUUGGUUUAUAGGUAUUUUUUUGUGAUGUGGGUAUUCUUUGGUGUCUUGUCAAUCUUUUGUAUAACGUCCUUUUGUGAUUGCACACCUACACAACACCAAGAAACUACCGAUGAAAUUAAAUGAAUUUUGAUCAAGGUGACGUAGGUUAAGAAAAAUGACCAUAAAAAAAAAAAUGUCUCCGUUUAUUCCUCUUCAGGUGCUUCAACAGUUCCCGUUUUCAUUCCAGUUCAACAGUCUAUUACUGGAGGUAAAUCUUUCUUCUUUUUAAAUCAUCUCGUUACGCGUGCUUUGUCUACGCGAACCCGCUUGAGUUCAUAAACAAAUGCAAUUGUAAAACCUUUGUUUCUGUGUUUGCAGAUGAUUGCAGAGCACGUGUAUUCAUCCCGGUUUGGAACGUUUAUUGUAAACUCUGAAAGAGAACGGGAUGAGGUGCGUUUACUUGACAUCCUUUGUUUGUUAAUCCUCUUUACUAACAAGUGAAUGGGAAGCAGAGAUUCGCUAUAUAACCAUCAUUGUGUUUGACCUACACUUUAGUUUGUUUUUCGCGGUACUUGCCUCGUGUAAUGCGUCUUUUCGGGGAGAACUAUGAAAGUCCUCUGCGACUGAUUGCAGUGGAGGCACUCUCGUAAGCGGGUAGCCCAGCUUUACUUAAGGAAGCGGUCAGCGGUCAGCCCCAUUUGUGGAUACGUCACUAAAGUGUCCCUUUAAGAGAAUUUCGACUAUAGUUGUUGGAAACCUUUUGUAAAUGGCCGUUUUUAUACCACAGUCGCAUUAUUCUUCUGGACGAACCCAAACAUUAUUCAUCUGAGACGCAUAAAGACGGGCAGACGAACAUUCGUAAUACGUCUUGAACGAAAAAUGUUUCGUCUGGACGCAUAAUGCGUUUGUCCUGACGACGAUAAUUCGUCCUUUUGUACGGAUAAAAUAAAACGGCCAAUGUGGGCUUUCUUGCCACGUAAAACUACUUGGAUACUGUUUCUUAUGAUGAUGAGCCAUUUUGAGGUCGCUGCAUGUGACUCUGGGCGUCGAUGUUGUGAUGAUCUGCACCAUGGGGCUGUUUUGGGACACUGUGGUUUAUUGCAUUCGAGGACCUUUGGGAUGGUCACAGGGGACGCGCUGGUCAGCUAUUGGCCAAUUUGUUUUCCCUCUUCCUUGUAACAUUCCCAGAAGUCGUUGCGAAAGUUAACUCGUCCCAGUUUCCUUCUCGAAUUUACUAGGGUGCGCGAAACUAGGUCAUAAUUCGUUCCCCAAACCAAAACCAUAGUGCAAUUCGAUAGAACAGCGACCCAGACUUCGCGCAAGUUCAAAAUGGCCUGAAGAAAAUCUUGAGAGAUUUUUCUGUCCUUGCAGGAAGAUAUUGAGGAUAAAACUCUUUCACUCUGGACCUGGCUUAACGUCAAUUCAAUGUCAGAUCCUGACAAAUUUGUCAAUCAGCGCUAUUAUAACCAGGACCGGAGGUACUGAAUUUAUCUGAAGUUCAUUUAAUUAUAACAAUAAAUCAGACUUAUUGUGAAGCUCGUUGCACGCUUCGCUCUUAAGACUGCAAUUUAGUCAGUAAUAAGUCAGAUUAACUACCAGGAAAAAAAAAAACUUGUGAUACUUGAAUGGAAGAGAAGCCAGUACCGUGACAAAUACUGUUUACAUUGUGCGAUCUGUAGCUGAGAAUGUCUUCAAGGAAUAUUGAUCAUUGUAUGUCCAGCCUUGAUUGGUCAAUUAAAGAUUUAUUAUAUUGCCAAUACGAGAACUGUUUCUUGCGGGACUAACCCGGGAAAUCCCGAGCGGAGUGGGCAAAAUAGACCCAUCUUGUCCCUCUCGGGUAGCCACUCAGAACACAGGAUUUGCCUCAUCUGAGUUGCCCGCUCGACGAUUCAGCCAUAUAAUAAAACAAGUUAGUGCGUUGGGUGGUUGGUGUUGUGUUGAGCUGUAUAAAAACGAGUCCUUGUGUGUUUUUGCCCCUAGAGUUCUGCACCCUGAAUACAAGAUACCUUGUCUAAAGCUGUGGUCGUCAUUUUAUGUCAAUCGGUACCGUACUGAUCACGUGCAGGAUGCUGCUAAAGCAGCUGAGAUACAGGCUCUAAAGCUGGAGAACGAGUACCAGGUAUUACAGUAUAACCAAUCAUUGACUAAUUGAAAAACACAAAUUUCCUUUUGUACUUAUUAAUUGGUUCGAUUACAUGUUACAUCCGCCUCUUUAGAAACAGGCAGAGAACUGGAGCCGAAUUUACGUCCCGCAAAUUUUUCUGGGAUGGUUACUGAGGACGCGCCAGUCAGCUAUUGGUCGAUUUUUACUUACUUCUAAUUGGCUGAAAGAAAACACGCUGGCUCAUCAUCUGCUUGUCAUCCCCGAAAUGUCAAGCUUUCUUGUUUACACUGGAAUCGAGGCUCUGAGUUCUGUACCAGUUUCAGAGGCGUAUAGCAACUCUGCAUCUAUCAAUGUUUACAUAAAAAAGUCGAGAGAGACCAACUUUCCUCUUUUUCUUCAGGAUCUGUUAGAAAGAUAUUCUAAACUGAUACAUCAGCUAGCGGAUGUCGACUCCAAAGAUACUUCCUCAACGCUCUCUAUUCACACGGCUACCUUAUCUCGUGCGUUACAAAAGAAGAACUCUUACGAUCCUAUUGGGUCACUUCACAGUGGCAGCAACGGUUCUCUCAACCACGCCCUUGAUGUAUCCGGGAACUGGGCGAGUUUGGGCUCCAGCUUAGGCGAGGAGGACCCGGAUUCAUUUUCGUCAUCAAUGACGUCAUUAUCCCUUAAGAGACGUAUGACCCGCAGUCGUUCGUUAGAUGAUAUGUUAGAUGUUAAUACGCGCCAAAAACGAGCUUCGAAGAAAGCGACGUCGAAGCGUCGAGUUGGAAGCAGUAAAUUUUACACAGAACAAAUCCUCAACGUAAUAAAUAAAGGUAAAUACGUGUCACUUCCUUUUUUUUUUUUCAGUGACCAUUGCAGUCAUCUUUUCCCUCGUCAUGGUUAACUUGCUGUUGUUAUAGAGACUUUGAACUUAAAAAGGCUGUUUCCGGCCGAUUCCCCCUCAAUUUCAACUCUAACGUAAAAAGUCGCACAAUUUAUGCUAUAAAGAGCUAUUAAAGCUUCCCGUAACUUGUCUUGCAACGGCGAAACAAGAUUUUGAGGCUAGUUGUUAGAACGGUUGUCAAGCGUAACUGGAGCUUUAGAGAAUUGUCUUUAAAAAUGACUAAAAAACUGCAGGGAACAACUUCACGAGUCUAUGUUAUGGAGGUUGCCGUCUCGAAGAGAAACCAGGGAGUUUUAGCAACGACGACGGCGACGGCAACGAGAACGUCUAAACAGCAAUAGGUUUAUUGAGCAAAACAACAAGUUUGCAUGUGCAUCACGCUUUUUUGUACAUUUCUUUGCCAUUACUGCACGAUUACGACGUGAAAAUGCCUAAUUUCACGUUUUACGGAGGACGUAGACAAGCGACGACGAAAUUUUCUUUCUCUUUCUAAGCUUGAGUGCGGUCCCCAAGAAAUCAACUCCAGGGAAUUUUGCCUACAUUAGACAUUUUCAGCGAAUUAGAAUAAACGCGACCAAGUUUGAAAAAAAAGCUAAUUCAUUUUAAAAGUGACGUUUUCGCUGACGUCGCCGUCGCCGAUGCUAAAACUCCCUACCGUCUCUGUCAGACUUUAUCUUAUUUAGCGUAUUCGAUGAAACUGUUUUAUAAGUAUCACUAUUGUAACUUAUUUCAUAAUCCUUUUGAUUCACAAGAGCCUGCUAAUGAUGUGAGGAACCACCCCAUUGCAGAGAAAUACAGCAGCUUGAAGGAGUACCUCGACAGUACAGGUGACUAGAGCAGAAUGUAACCGUAUCAUUUAAAAUGCAAUUUGUGUAUUCCUCUUGUUUGUAGUAUGUAAAAUUUCGCCAGCAGUUAGGAAGUGUGAAUGUAUCGCUUAGCGCUCUGAUUACCAGUUCGUGUAUACACAUUGCAUGGUCACAGCUAACCAGCCUCGUUUCUAGGAUCACUCUGUUUCAGAUACCCUGGAAACUUGUAACUGGUAUCUUGUCUUUCACAAUUACUCAGUUUACAUGUUCAGGUCUAAUGCAACUUGCUAUGAACACGGCAAUUCCUGCCCUACAGUAUCGGUCCGUCCGUAGGAGGCAGGGGGGCGGGGGAAGGGAGAUUAUGAUUUGAAGAGGCGUAGGGGAUCGGCAGGGUUUUUAAGUUUGUCCUCCCCCCUCCCCCUUGCCGAGGCGAUACUCAAUUUAUUUAGUGAGCUGCUAUCUUGUCAAACGAAUAAUUUCCUUAUAGACUUCUUGUCUAAUACCCCUAGUACCUCUACCGUCUCAUUUGAUUUCUCUUACUUAAGCCGCUUACAACUGUUCCUAGUUACUGUAAUUACUUUAAGUACCUUUAUAUUAUCCAUUUCGUUUCAGGUAUUGACCAUCAAUCAGACAGAGAUGUCUGCGUUUCCGACACACAGUGUUGUGGUUACAUGGUUAAACAAGGGCGUAAGUUCUUUUGUUUUUUUGUCCUCUUUCGAUCCUCUUGGAGAAUUGUGCUAUUCAAGCCAUUUCACCGCGCUCAGUUAAAUGUAGUUUUUCCAGUACAAUAUUAGUUAUUGUUAACUUGCAAGUCGAGGUGCGAGGCCAGAGUUUACACCAAAGGGAAACCGUGUUCGAGAUUAAAAGAUUUUCACAGGAAUUUUUGUUAUGUACAAAAUAUCCAUUCCAAGAGAGCUCCAUUUCUCUUGUUUCUUUAGAGGUUCGAAAGAGUUGGAAAAAGCGAUGGUUCGUACUUGACCUCACAAAGAAAUACUUGGCUUACUUCGAAACUGAGAAGGUAAAGUACAAUUUUUGAGUUGAAAGUUUGUUUUAAACUUAAGUAUGUUCAGUAAGACCACAAAACUGCGGGUGUGGUAAAUUAAGAAACUAAAUUGCAGAUAUGCACGCUAUUUGGAGAAGAAUCGAAGGCAUUUUCACGAUGGCGACAUUUGACCACAACGAGUAGAAUUCAUUACGUGUUUGCUUUUCCAUUCAAUUCUCUUUUGUAAUUUGUGUUGUGAUCUAAAAUCAGAAGCCACCAUGACUUACUUUUACGUGUUUUUCCCGCGCUUGUACCAGCUACACUUCGAGAUAUGAUUGGUUCGUUUAAUUGUCAGCUCGUGUUGUUAUUGGCCAUGGUGCUUACUUAGUAGUUACCUAUCUGUUAACACUAAAUUGAAUUUACAGGCAGACAGCCCCAAAGGCGCCAUCAGCUGCAAGGCGAUCACUCGUGUGUAUGAACACCGGAACUGCGGCAAGAACAAACGUCACUUCCUGUUUUGUGUGGACACGCCAGAUCGGACGUACACUAUGAACGCUCCAAGCGAGCAAAGCAUGAACAUUUGGAUGACAUGUUUGAACAUGUCACCGACCGCUAUUGAACUUCAGAGGGAUCAAACGUAGCAUUACCGACAUGAGAAUCCUUAAGUGUAACACUUAGGCUGAUAUUAAUCCUUUAUCUGCCCACCCUUCCACAGCAGAACGCUAAAAUUACAUUCCAGCCAAAGAUGACAGCCUGGUUGGUUCUCUGAAUCGUCACACAACUCUGCUGGGGAGGAGCGUUGCGUGACGGCGCAAAGAGCCUCUUCGUAAGAGAUAACGCUAGGGUCAAACGCCUUAUUUACACGAGCUGAACCGAAUCGUAAUGUGUGACAGCAACAGCUUUUACUUAUUAACUUUAGGUUCGGCUCAUGUGAACUAAGGCGUUUAACCCGAGUCCAACAAAUUGUACAUAUUGAAACAAAAAGACUGAAAUUUGUACGAGAAAAAAAAUGAACCAAUUAUUUUUGUAGAUAGUGAAUUUUCACAUAGCAAGGCUUUGUGAUUGGCAAAGAUUAUUUAUUACGACAUUUAGAGAGGUUUUGAAGUUGCUAUUUGUCUGGAUACCAUUGCUUCGAUGGUGUCUUUAUUGCGAUCAGCUACAACAAAAUUUUAGAAAAUUUGAAUUUUAAACAACCUAGAAUUGCACGAAGAGUUGACCGAGGGUGCGUUUCUUUGAGAAAAUUGAAAAAUGGAUAACUAUUCCCAGAUAUUGAACUUGGACUGGUUACGUCCAUGGAAACGGAAGACUGCAAAUGACCCCUUAUCGUGACAAGAGCCAAUAUGGCCCUUGCGUGACAAUAAUAUGGCGGGAAUACGGUACGCAUCAUCUGUUCUUGUUCCUGUUCUUGUUAAGUAACAUAUGUGCGCAAAGCGCAAGUUUUAACUUGACAUGACACUCUUACAAUUAAUUGCGGGGUUUGCAAAUUUCAUUUAUUCCCACUUGAUGAUUCGUGUGUAACCUCAAUCAGUCGCGAAAGACACAAACGCGUGAACUAAGUAAAAUUCACCUCAUUUGCCACUUUAGAACGAGAAAGGAAACUGGGCCGAAUUAAAUUUCCCGAAGACUUCUGGGACUGGGACUUUUCUCGCGACAGGGAAAAAAAUAAAUUGGCCAAUAGCUGACCGGUGCGUCCCCAGUAGCGAUCCCAGAAACAAUUGCGGGACGAAUUUCGGCUCCAGUUCCUUUCUCGUUUCUAAAGUGGCGAAUUAAAUAGGCCAUUUGUACGAUGACGUCAUUUUAUUACUACGACCAGAAUCCUUCAGGGUUUUGAUCUCUUGUGCAAAUUAGGGUUUUUGUUCUUUAAUGUGAAAGGAAAAACGAUAAGGAUUCUGGUCAUAAUAGUAAAAUGACGCCUUCGUGCAAAUGGCCUAUUGACUAUCCGCAGAUCCAAUACUUACAGAGAGAGAUAAUAAAAAGAAUAACUAACACCCUGCGAGAUAGAAAUUUGAAAGUUAUUGCUACUAGCUGUUGAGUUCUUGAGAGGUCAACAUUGCUUUGAGAGCAAUAAAAUAAUUAUUUUUACUCAUGUUCGUCGUAAAAAAGGUGUAAAAUAGAAAAAAACAAAGCUAACAGCCGGUAAUAAUUAUAAUGAAAUGUAAUAUAAUUUAAUUGUCAAAUGAUAAUUAUAAGGUGCCAUUUCUAGCAAUUCUAUACUAGUAACGGAUUAUUUUUUGGUACAUGUUUUACAUAGGAACGAUUUUAUAAUAUGACAGCAGUGGUUUGAAAAUUAAUUAUGGGGUAUAUAUUUCAAUGAAAAAAGGAACAUAGGGUAACAUUUACUUGUAUUUUGAAAAAGGGAGAAGUUUCCUAGUUACGAG